CUCACUCUUGUUCACCUGCAACGAUCGCGGAGCUUAACAAUGGCGGAACCAAAGACCAAAUACGAUCGUCAGCUCAGGAUCUGGGGUGAGCAAGGGCAGACUGCACUUGAGAAAGCUAGUAUAUGCUUGCUUAAUUGUGGCCCUACAGGCUCUGAAACUCUAAAAAAUCUUGUUCUUGGUGGUAUUGGAAGUAUUACCGUUGUUGACGGUUCUAAAGUCGAAAAUGGAGACCUCGGAAAUAAUUUUAUGGUUAGCGAGUCGAGUCUUGGACAGCCAAAGGCAAAAUGUGUCUGCGCUUUUCUCCAGGAACUAAAUGAUGCUGUUAAAGCUAAAUUUAUUGAAGAGCAUCCAGUGACAUUAAUUGAGACAAACCCUUCAUUUUUUUCUCAGUUUACCUUGGUUGUAGCCACACAGCUGGUGGAAGAUUCUAUGGUGAAACUGGACCGCAUUUGUCGUGAUGCAAACGUUAUGUUAAUAUUUGCACGCUCAUAUGGCCUCAGUGGGUUUGUUCGAAUCAGUGUGAAGGAACAUGCAGUGAUAGAGUCAAAGCCUGAUCAUUUUCUGGAUGAUCUCCGAUUAAAUAAUCCAUGGCCUGAACUUAAAGAGUUCACCGAGAAUAUCGACUUAGAUACAUCUGAUCCUGUGGCCCAUAAACACACCCCAUACAUUUUAAUUCUUGUCAAGAUGGCAAAGGAGUGGGCUAAAGGUCAUAGUGGAAGGCUGCCGUCAACCAGGGAAGAGAAAAGAGAAUUCAAGGAACUAAUAAAAUCCAAAAUGAUAGCAUUGGAUGAAGACAAUUAUAAAGAAGCUAUUGAGGCAUCAUUCAAAGUUUUUGCUUCUCGAGGAAUCAGUUCAAAUUUGACACGAAUACUUGAUGAUACCUGCUCUGAAGUCGAGUCCAGUUCAUCAGAUUUUUGGGUGAUGGUGGCAGCAUUGAAGGAGUUCAUUGCUAAUGAAGGUGGUGGUGAAGCCCCUCUUGAGGGUUCAAUACCAGAUAUGACAUCCUCUACCGAGUUAUAUGUAAAUCUGCAGAAACUCUAUCAGGCUAAGGCUGAGGCUGACAUUCUUGUGGUUGAGCAACGAGUUAGAGAUAUCCUGAAAAAAAUCGGUAGAGAUCCAUAUAGCAUCUCCAAGGCAGUCAUAAAAAGCUUCUGUAAGAAUGCAAGAAAACUCACAGUAUGCAGAUAUAAGCUCAUUGAGGAAGAGUUCAAUUCUCCAAUUUUACCGGAGAUGCAAAAAUAUUUGACUGAUGAGGAAUACAGCGUUGCUGUGGGAUUCUAUAUUUUGCUUCGAGCUGUUGAUCGAUUCUCAGCAAACUAUAAUACUUUCCCUGGGCAGUUUGAUGGUGCAAUGGAUGAGGAUAUUUCCAGAUUAAAAACUACAGCGGUUAGCCUUCUCAGUGAUUUGGGCUGCAACGGCUCCACCUUGACAGAAGACCUUAUUAAUGAGAUGUGUCGUUAUGGUGCUGCUGAGCUCCAUGCAGUUGCUGCCUAUAUCGGUGGAGUUGCAUCACAGGAAGUGAUCAAGCUUAUCACGAGACAAUUUGUUCCUAUGAGGGGAACUUUCAUUUUCAAUGGCAUUGAUCAUAAGUCCCAGCUAUUGUCCUUAUAAUCUUCGAAACACCAGAAUGCAGGGUUUGAAGUUCCAUUAAUAGACUUCCUGUGGGAUUGUAUCUUUUGACAUGAUGAUAUACGGUCACAUACGACUUCAGGGUCUUUGUAACUAUGCCGUGAAUUCCAAAGGUUUCAUUGAGACGACGACCCUGACAAGUCGUUUGCUAAUAUUCGAGAUUUUAAUUUAGGAAGAGAGUGGUAAUUAGAGGAUGUUGAUCAAACCGUAAAUCCUCAAUUUGGUCCAAAAUCUUGGCAUGUAUUCCCCUGAAUGUUAUGUGUCCUUUGAGAUGAAGUAUGUUUGAACCAAUACAUUGGUGGAUGGUAAUUACCAACCAAACCUUAGAGGAAUCAUGCUAUAUUCACUUGUACCUUAUGCAUAGUUUGGAGAAAAAA